AUGAAAUUUAUGCUCACUAUUGCUCUGCUAUCCUCAUUUUUCGCAAUGAGUGUCAAGUGUCAAGAGGAUCAAGUGUUUAUUCUGGAGCAUCCGACGUCGCCAGAUGAACAACAAGGAGGAUUCUCGUCGCAUAUUGUUGCUCUUCGUCCCGAUUACACUUUCUGGAAAAUGGUGAACGUGCUGAAAACGGUUUUCGACUCGAGAACUCCUCAAGAGAAACGACGUGGGCCAAUGAGACGGGACGCCGAAGAAUCCGCUGUGACACGUCUUCCAAGCCUUCGCUCCCGACGACUUUUGCUGAAUUUCGGACGUUAUCGUGUUUGA